AAACCGACAAUAUCAGGAAUAUUAUGUGGAUCUUGUAUGAAAUUAGGAAAAUUUAUAAUAUCUGCAGGUCUAAUCAAGAGACCUGGUUACUAUGUAGAGUCCACUUGCACUGGUACCUUGAUCAGAGAGGACACAGUUUUAACAGCAGCUCACUGUUUGCGCAACAAAUCCUUGUACGAACCUACUGAAGUUAGGAUCAAGCUUUUGACGGGUUCUGUGCGGAGAGUCAAUGAAGUGUUCGUCCACCCUAACUUCAGCGAUGGUUGCGACUUGGCAAUACUCACCCACACAUCCAUAGGACGACCAGAGUUCCCAAAACUACCAGCGAAACAUUUAACGACAAACCAGACUUGCUUCUCAGCAGGUUAUGGAGGUUCACAUGUCUUGAAACUCAUCCCUGUUGAUUUAUCAACGAGUUUUCUAGGUCGAGUUAAAACAUUUUUCACGGUUUUAUUCUCGGAUGGCUCCCCAUGUCGAGGGGAUUCGGGUGGACCAUUGAUUUGUGGGAAUGUAUUGUAUGGAGUUUUAUCUCAGGGUACAGUCACAUCAUGUAUGGACAGAACAGGAAUAGUCCUGUACGAAGACGUCUUCCAGGACCUACCUUGGAUACAACAGUUCCUGGACCGACCUGUGAUAUCGUACAGCUGGAAAAACAAGAAGUGGAUUGCGUAUUUUAUAUUUGGUCUGCUUUUGUAUCCCACAGGACAGUACGACAGAGCACAGGUAGAUGCGAGGUCAUGA